GCUGACUUAUUUCCAAAGCGGAAUAUGUAGAGAACAUUUCGUCGUCGUCGCCACCGCUGCUCGAAUUCCGCGUGCCGCCUCGCCUUCCCCUUAUACGCCUCCGAAGUCAUCCCCUUUCCCCUUCGUUGACUUGGUUUCUUGCUUGUUCUCAGCGGCAAUUCUUGGAUUCUGAUCGGGAAGAGAAGUGUUCGGGUUGGUAUCCGGUGGAGAGGAAGAUAAAGAAGUGAUCUUUCGGCGGGAGUUCUUCCUGUCUUUUGUUGUUUCUCGUUAUUGAUUCCUGAAUCUGGUUGGGAGAGUCGGUAGGGUUGGUUUGGUGAAGGAAGAUGGACAAGUGGAUGCUCUGCGUGAUCUUGCUGUGGGUUCCUUUGGCGUCAGGCGCGUCUCUUAACGAAGAAGGGAGGGCUCUUUUGGCGUUCAAAGAGAGGGUAGAGUUCGAUCCCUAUGGUGCUCUGUCGAAUUGGGACGAGGCCGCUGACAAUCCUUGCUUGUGGUUUGGCGUGGAGUGCUCCGAUGAUGGAAAAGUCGUGGUCUUGAAGCUGAAUGAUCUUUGUCUUAAAGGGACACUCACGCCUGAUAUCGGGAAACUAAUCGACGUCAAAUCUAUCUUUUUGCAUAAUAAUUCCUUUUCUGGAGUCAUUCCUGGGGAGAUUGGGAGAUUACAGAAGCUGGAGUUGUUGGACUUGGGGUGCAAUAACCUCAGUGGACCACUGCCGUCUGAACUUGAAAAUAUUUUGUCCCUACAAGUCCUUGUACUCAGAAACAACAGAUUUGCUUAUAGCCAAUCACCAGAACUAUAUGAUCCCAAUGAUGAAGAGCUGCUAUCAUCAAACAGGCAACUUGUUAAAAGGAAAGUUGAAAAUGCAACCAUCAGGAGACUUAUCCAAAUCAAUGGCAAUCCAUCACCUUCAGAUGCCAAUGGUCUACCACCACCACCUGGUCGUCAAAAUGAUUUAAAUUUAAACAGUAAUCAGGCACCAUCACCAUCACCUUCAUCAACUUCUCCAAGUAACACUAAAAGCAGCAGCCCCUCAGCUGUGCCUUCACCAUCUGCAACCGGAGAAAUACCAGAAACCCAUGAAGUACCUUCCAAAAAAUGGGUUAUUUUUCUGAUAGUUGGAGUUCUGCUUAUUGUUGUUGCUUUAUCUGCUGCAUAUGUCCUUCGUUAUCUAACCCAAAAGUCUGUCACCAUAAUGCCUUGGACUACUGGCUUGAGUGGGCAAUUGCAGAAAGCAUUUGUUACAGGUGUGCCGUCGCUGCGACGAUUGGAACUUGAAACAGCAUGUGAGCAGUUCAGCAACAUAAUUGGUUCUUUAUCUAAUUGCUCAUUGUACAAAGGAACACUUUCAAGUGGAGUUGAAAUAGCGGUGACAUCUACUAUUGUUACGUCAGCUGUAGAAUGGUCAGAAGAAUAUGAAGCUCAUUUCAAGAAUCAGAUCUCUACAUUGUCCAAAGUGAAUCACAAGAACUUCAUGAACCUCCUUGGCUAUUGUGAGGAAGAAGAACCUUUUACUAGGAUGAUGGUGUUUGAAUAUGCUCCAAACGGGACACUUUUUGAACAUUUGCACAUCAAAGAAGCAGAACAGUUGGAUUGGCCUGCACGGAUGCGCAUAACCAUGGGGAUAGCUUAUUGUCUAGAGCACAUGGAGCAGCUCAAUCCUCCUCUUGUUCUUGGAAACCUUAGCUCUUCAUCCAUCUAUCUAACUGAAGACUAUGCAGCUAAGAUUUCACAUCUCGAAUUCUGGAACGAGGAUAAGGAAGCAGGGGCAGAAUCUGAAAGCUCAAACCCGGAGAGUAUUGUUUACAAGUAUGGGAUUCUUCUACUGGAAAUUAUCUCUGGAAGGCUUCCCUUCUCCGAAGAUGACGGCCUGCUUGUGCUCUGGGCUUCGAGCUAUUUGAACAGGAAAAGGCCCUUGAUGGACAUGGUCGACCGGACUCUCAAUUCAGUCCGAGAGGAAGAUAUUACUGAACUUGCUGAUGUGAUAGUGUCCUGCAUAGAUGCAGCACCAGAGAAGCGCCCAACGAUGGCCCAAGUUGCUGGACGAAUGAGGAUGAUUACAGCUAUUCAAUCGGAGGAAGCUUCUCCAAGAUUAUCACCAUUGUGGUGGGCAGAACUCGAAAUUAUUUCUCAGUAGAAUAGCUGGAGAUGGGAGUUGGCAAAGGCUAAAUAGCAAUUUUCUUUACUUUUGUUCUCUUGUACAAGCAUUAUCCUACUAUGACAGUGGGGAUGUAAAGUGCAUGGUUUGAUACAGAGCAUGUUUUCUUUUUCUGAUAAAGAGCAUGUGACCUUAUGUUCUAGUUCUGUUUGUUGGGAGAAAGUAGGAAAUAGAGGAGAUAUUGUGAAGCCUAAAAGUCUGAAAAAUGUAGAUAUUACUAUCAUUUUCUCAGUGCACAUGAUAAAAACUUAGUCCUCAAACAUAAUUUUGGCAUAAAA